AUGCCUCGUGCCCCACAGAAAUGGACUCCAGAGGAGGACAAGCUCCUCUGCCGAGAAGUGCACAGCCAAUUAUCCGAAGGCCGAGUAAGAGACUGGCGAUCAAUAGCAGACAAGAUUCCGGGCCGAACGAAUAAAGAUUGUCGCAAACGGUGGCACAAUGUGCUUUCCGGUGGGUUGAACAAGGGAUACUGGACGGAGGAAGAAGACAAGCUGUUGACACAUGCGGUGCAAAUGCAUGGAGAGACAUGGACGGUGGUUGCAGAUGUCGUCAAAACACGAAGCGCAGAUCAAUGUGCCAAGCGAUGGAAGCAAUGUCUCGACCCGCAACUAGACCGCAGUGAAUGGACAGAACUCGAGAAUCGACGAUUGAUGGAGGCAUGUGCGGUCAAGGGACGACGAUGGAAGGAAAUCCAGAUGGAGCAUUUCCCUACCCGGUCACGAAACUCGAUCAAGAAUCAACACACAAUCCUUACCCGCCGAUACAACAAACUGAAGAACUUGCGAGAAGCCCAGCAUACCGCCAGCACGGGGACUGGGCCCGAGGACUCGAGCUUGUCACCGAGCUCAUGCGAGGACUCGGGAGACACUGUUGACAGUAGUGACGAUGAUAGUGGCCUUGGAAGCGGAAGCACAGGAGGAAGCAGCGGGCUACAUGAUCCUCACAUUGCCGAUGAUGAUGUGCCAAUGAACAUAAAUCCCACAGAAGUCUUGCCAUCGACGACUCAAGGGAUACCGGGACAUAAUCCUUUUAUGCACGGGCCAACCUGGGACAUGGCCGGCACGUUAUCGGGAGAUCCAUGGGGAUUGCCUUCAGUAGGGGACACGGAUAGUAUGGGAUUAUUCCUCAGUGGUAUGGUGCCGGAGCUUCACAGCAUCCCACCGGACAGCCUGCAUGGUUUCAGCUUUGCGGAUGCCACUAGCGGCAAAGACUGCAUUUGCCCCAGUUUGUUAUCGCCAACCGAAGAGCUCCCUAGUGAGUACGGCCAAGUAGACAAUUUUGGCGACGAUCUGAGCGUAUCGGCAAUGGACACAGAGGAGCAGACGCUCGCAUCUUUACAGGAAAACGUGGCUCGUGGGAAACGGUGUGCAAAAAUAGUGCUGACGGUGGAGGAGCCCGAUAAUAAUACGGUUGAGUCCCUGGUGCAAAUUGCAUUCUCCAGCAAAUCACGGUUCCACUUCGCCCGUGAGUGA